AAAAGCUGAGGGAGCAGACACAUCGGCAGACAACUACGAGGAGCACAUCCCCGUGUUCUCCAGCUGUCUGUCUGUCUGCUGCAGAGAUGGUGCAAGUGUCUCCCUUCCUCCUGGUGCUCAGCCUGGCCCUGGUGGUUCCUGGCUUCUCUGUAACAAAGUGCGAGCUGACCGGUAAGUGGAUCAACGACCUGGGCUCCAACAUGACCAUCGGCCCUGUGGAUAAAGAAGGCAAAUUUAAUGGGUCCUACCUCACGGCUGUGAAAGACACCCCAGGCAACAUCCGUCGCUCACCACUGGUAGGGUUCCAGCAUAACCCAAACACAUGUAGCAAGAACGUCACCUUCGGCUUCACCAUCAACUGGAACUUUUCAGACUCCAUCAGCGUCUUCACGGGACAGUGCUUUGUGGACAAGAAGGGAAAGGAGACUUUGAAGACCAUGUGGCUCCGGCGGUCACACCAGGACAAGAUUGAGGAUGACUGGAAAGCCACCAUGGUUGGCACCAACACCUUCACUCGUCUGCACCGACAGGACCAGAGUGAUGUCGCAGGAGAUUGCAAGGCUGACAGAAGAAUCUGGGAUGCUGACACCAUCUACUGCCCCACCACCUGUUUCUAAUAUGUAGACUCCCUCCCCUGCUCCAGGACCUGCUUCUAACAUGUAGACCCCCUCUCCUCCCCAUCACCUGCUUCUAAUAAUAAAGCUUUGCUGCAAACAA